AGAGAGACAAUGCCAGAGGUUUCCAAUGGAUUCUGAGGAACUUUUCUCUUUAACUUGAAGUUUGGAUAUUGAAUGACUUUUAAAAGUGCACCUUUUAAAGUCACGUUGACUUUUUGAGUUUCAUUCAAGUUUUUAUUUUCCACCUGUCUGAGAAGUCCAGUUUUCUUAUAAUCGUUUUUAAAGAAUUUAAGAACUUUAUUACAGCAAGAGGACAAAAAAGCUUUUAAUUUUUUCUGGUUUUCUUGAGCACCGAUGUGGAAGUAAAUCUAACAUUAAGGGGGCGAGAUGAGAGCGACAUGGAGUCUAUUCAUUCUUUCAGCUGUCUGUCUGCAGAUGCCGUACGUGUCUUCCAGCACUCCAGCUCAUGCACAUGCAGAAGAAAGACUCCUCCAGGUCUUAUUCAGUAACUACAACAAGCUGUCUCGUCCUGUAGCAAACAUCUCAGAUGUGGUUCUGGUCCACUUUGGCCUGUCCAUUGCUCAGCUCAUUGAUGUGGACGAGAAGAAUCAGAUGAUGACCACAAACGUCUGGGUGAAACAGGAGUGGAACGAUUACAAGCUGCGCUGGAACCCAGAGGACUACGAGAAUGUCACCUCCAUCAGGAUCCCCUCUGAGAUCAUCUGGAGGCCAGACAUUGUGCUCUAUAACAAUGCGGAUGGAGACUUCGCCGUGACGCACUUGACUAAAGCCCAGGUGUUUUACAACGGCAGGAUCAAAUGGAAGCCGCCUGCCAUUUACAAGAGCUCCUGCAGCAUAGAUGUCACCUUCUUCCCCUUCGACCAGCAGAACUGCAAGAUGAAAUUCGGCUCUUGGACGUACGACCAGGCCAAGAUCGACCUGGUGAGCAUGGCAAGCGAUGUGGACCAGAUGGACUACUGGGAGAGCGGAGAAUGGGUCAUCAUAAAUGCCGUGGGCACCUACAACAUUAAAAAGUAUGAAUGCUGUACGGAAAUCUACCCGGAUAUCACCUACUCGUUCAUCAUCAGACGUCUUCCUCUGUUUUACACCAUCAAUCUCAUCAUCCCCUGCCUGCUCAUCUCUUGCCUGACCGUGCUGGUCUUCUACUUACCAUCCGAGUGUGCGGAGAAGAUCACACUGUGUAUCUCCGUCCUCCUCUCUCUUACCGUUUUCCUCCUUCUUAUCACGGAGAUCAUCCCAUCCACCUCGCUGGUCAUCCCGCUCAUCGGCGAGUACCUCCUGUUCACCAUGAUCUUCGUCACUCUCUCCAUCAUCAUCACCGUGUUUGUGCUCAACGUCCAUCACCGUUCCCCCCGCACCCACAGAAUGCCCUACUGGGUCCGCCAGCUAUUCCUCCACUUGGUUCCACGUUACCUUUUCAUGAAACGUCCACCUGCGUCAGGUAAAAGAAACUGUGGGAAACUCAUCGAGAUGAUGCACAAGGCGUCAGAGUCACAGUCAACGUUUCUACGGACCACCGUGCUGGAUAUCCCACCGCCGAGUCCCUGCCCUCGUGUGGGCGUGACCUCUGUCACCCAGAUGGAUCAACUUCAACGUGACUCCUCCCCUAAACCUAUGCUUUUCAGCAGUGCUCCCAGCAGCCAGUAUUCCGUCCUGCAAGAGGACAGCACACAAACACCUCAAACGCCAGUUCUCAAUUACACGUGUACGUACACAAACAACGUCUUUGCCUCCAGUCCCUCAUCAUUCCAAGAAACCCUCGGUAUCCUGCUACACACCAUACCACGGGAAGGAGCUGGGUGUACGGAUUGUGAAAUCCAAGGCCAUGGUGCUGAGAGCGUCUUUGUGGAUGCAACAGAGAGUUUUCUGGGGAGUUGUCAACAUGGUCUUGCAUCCAAGGGGACGAAUAUGCAGAUGGUUGACCACGAAGAUACAGAGAUGUGUACUAGACAUGAUGUUUCAAGUGAUGGUGUUAAAGCCCAAAAUCCAGAAAAGCCACUGACUAAUCUGUCACAGUCUUUAAUAAAAGCCCUGGAGGGAGUUCAAUACAUUGCUGAUCAUCUCAGAGCGGAAGAUUUGGACUUUUCAGUCAAGGAAGACUGGAAAUACGUUGCCAUGGUGAUUGACAGAAUAUUCCUCUGGAUGUUUGUGCUGGUGUGCAUUCUGGGGACCGUCGGACUGUUCCUACCACCUUGGCUGGCUGGAAUGAUCUAGACUGUCAGAAUGAAUCUGAGUGGGUUGGCACUGACCUUGCCAUUUACACUUGACUUUAUUAAAGAUCUCUUGUCACGUAAAUUACUUUUUUUAUGUUUGUGUUUCUAUGUGUAACAGAAGAGAGAACACCACAAUUAAACUACUUAAUGGGACAGUCCAGAAAUUCAACUCAGAAAAUGUGUUUUCUUCAAAAGCUGUAUGACUUUUUCUCUUCCGUGGAGCAAGAAAGUAGAAUAUUAUGGACUGACAGCCUCAGUCAAUCUUUACUUUUAAUGCUUCUUUUUCCAUUCAUUGCAAACAGGUUGAGUUUCUCCACUUGUUUUUCUUUGUUUUAACAGACAAGUAAUAAUUUCUGUGGUAAAUGACAACCGCACACAGUGUAUUGCAACAUUUUCAAAUACAAUUCUAUUUUUUAGUUAUUUCUGUUAUUCUGUCUGUCAUUUUGGCACGCCAAGUUCAAAUCUCUCAAAUACGAAAUGUGACAUUGCGGAUUUAAUUUAUUCACAUCAGGUUUCACUUUUUUAACACAGCAUUGCAUCACAGCACAUGGAUUUCAAUAAUGUGAGAAUGACAUCUAAUAGAUUUGAAGUGUAAAAGGCAACUCUCAGCACAAAUGCACUGAGCAGGUGACAGCAGAGAUAACAUUUCACGUUUAAUCCUGUUCUAAAGGUCAUAUGGAUUCCAUAUUUUCUCAAGGUCUGAUUGUAUUUCAUUUAUUUAGCUUUACAAAGCCAAUAGCACAUUACGGUUUGUCACAUAUUGAAUAUAUCAAAUUGAACAGGUCAGAAUAACCAAAUCUGUCAAUUCUGAAACUGUACUUAUACUGUACACGUGCAAUCUUUAUAUUUACAUUUUAGAUGAAAGAACAAUUUCCAUAAUAAUAUAUUCAUAGAGAAUAUAAUUUCACCGUUAUUUUAAUAGUAUCACGUUUUUAUGUAAUUGCGCAAAAAUGAUCAUGUUAAACAUCUCUGUGUAAUUUAUUUGAUUUCUUCAA